AAUUAUACGGGCUUUUCCGGAGCAGGUAUAAUAAACCUCCCUUAUACAUAUAAUAGUCACUCAACCACCAGGGCAGUGGGAGCGCUCGGAAAUCACAUCAGGAAAGCCUUUGAGGCCAUGAGUUUCAUGCAGGGCAAAUGGUUCAAGCUAGAUCAGAAGGGAGCAGGGCCUGGAGCAAGAAGCUCACAUGCCAUUACUAUUGUUGGAGAUAAGGUUUAUGCCUUUGGUGGUGAAUUUACCCCCAGGAUACCUGUUGACAACGCCUUAUAUGUGUUUGAUCUUGUUGAGAGAACUUGGUCAGUGGCUGAGGCGACUGGAGAUAUCCCUCCACCCCGUGUUGGUGUCUCCAUGACUUCCAUUGGUGACAUUAUCUAUGUGUUUGCGGGUAGGGAUGCCACACACAAGGAGCUGAAUGAGCUCUACUCCUUUGAUACCUCUUCUAACAGGUGGACCUUACUCACCAGUGGGGACACUGGGCCGGAAAACCGGAGCUACCACUCAAUUGCUGCCGAUGGUCGGUGCCUAUAUGUGUUUGGUGGCUGUGGUGUUUCCGGGCGGCUUAAUGAUUUGUGGGCCUAUGAUGUUAUUGAUGGAAAAUGGACCAAAUUUCCAGCGGCUGGAGAGAAUUGUAAGCCUAGAGGUGGAACUGGACUUGCAGUGUCCCUUGGAAAGAUUUGGGUUGUAUAUGGCUUUUCUGGAGUGGAGAUUGAUGAUGUUCAUUACUUUGAUCUGGCAGAGGAGAAGUGGAUCCAAGUGGAGACAACUGGAGAAAAGCCAACCCCCCGAAGUGUGUUCUCGACACUUGGAAUUGGAAAGUAUAUAUUCAUAUAUGGUGGGGAGAUAGACCCUAGUGAUUUGGGCCACUUAGGUGCAGGGAAAUUUGCAGCAGAGGUCUACGCUCUGGAUACUGAGACACUAGCUUGGAAAAAGGUGGAGGAUGGCUCAAAUUCUGGCGAGCAUCCAGGGCCACGGGGAUGGUGCGCAUUUGCUGGUGGGAAGCUUGAUGGUCAAGAGGGACUCUUGGUAUAUGGUGGCAAUUCCCCUAGCAAUGACAGGCUUGAAGACAUAUACUUCUUCUGUCCUUCCCUGUUUGAAAAUGGAAAAUGAUGAUACAUCUGGCACUAUGACGUUUGUGCAAUUUCAGCAGUGGUGCUGGAGGUAUCAAAUUUAUAGAGUAUGUAAGUUGCUGUAAAUUAUCCUCUCUUGGAAUUAAUAAAACUUGCCUUUCUAGAUGAUGUAUAUUAUAAUCUGGACUGUGUAAAUGCCGAGAUACUCUCUGUUAUUUGUUGCUUUGAAUGUUAUCAGUCCACUGAUUGAGUGAAUGAAAAGAAUAGCUAACUGCUUGCCAUGCGAUAUCGCCACUGUUACUUUGAAAUAGACAAAAAGUGUGCCUUGCUGAA